AUGGGAGCCAGUCGAGGCAUUGAUGAAGGGCUUAUUUCGGGCACAGUGAAUCAGAAGUCAUUUAUCGCCGAAUAUCAUCUGGAUGACCCUGAUAUGGGUACUAAAGAGAGGGCUAGUAGCGCAUUUAUUGUGACGGAUCGUAUCGGACGGAUCUGGGCAACCCGAGAGUUAUGUGCGAUCUGGAUGGUCGGCAUCGCCAUAUUUAUGACUGCAGAUGGGCGGAUUGGACAAGUCUACGCUGGUCGUUUCAUCGCUGGCAUUGGGAUCGGACAAACCACUGUUGUAGCUCCCACCUAUCUCGCGGAAAUUUCUCCACGAGCAAUACGCGGCCUUUGCACCUGUGCCUUUUCUGGAUCAGUGUAUCUUGGUAUCAUGUUGAGCUAUUUUGCUAGCUGGGGGAGCUCGAUACACCUUAGCAACACCUCAGCUAAGCAAUGGAUUGUACCGACAACCCUUCAUUUCAUUUUUGCUGGAAUCAUAGUCAUCCUUUCAUUUACAGUUUACGAGUCGCCCAGGUACUUGAUCAAGGCCAAUAAGCAGGAUCAGGCUGCUAAAACCAUGGCUAAGUUGCGCAAUCUCCCGUCAGAUCAUCCAUACGUUCAAACGGAGAUGACGGACAUUCAAGCUCAGCUUGAGCGAGAACGCGAAGCUACCCUAGGGUCACACAUGUUUGGACCACUCAAAGAGCUCUUUAUAUUGCCUUCCAACCGUUAUCGGGUUAUGAUCGGACUUACGUCGCAAUUACUCAGUCAAUGGUCAGGAGCAAAUAGCAUAACUAUCUAUGCCCCCCGGUUUUUCGCGCUGCUGGGCACGACAGGGCAAUCAGAGAAACUUUUCGCAACAGCAAUUUUUGGUGUGGUGAAAUUCGUGUCCUCUCUCGUUUGCGCUCUUAUCUUGGUCGAUUUCUUGGGCCGCAAACGUGCACUUGGAUAUGGAAUAACGCUGCAGUUUGUCAGCAUGCUAUACGUGGCGAUUUAUCUAGCCGUUGUCCCAUCGAUACAAAGCGGCUUUAUACCCGAUGGGCACUCGAAGCGUGCUGGAACAGCAGCGAUAGUAUCCAUCUAUGUGUCCGGGGUGGGCUGGGCACUUGGCUGGAAUAACAUCCAGUACCUCAUCAAUGCAGAAAUUUUCCCACUUCGAGUCCGGUCGUUGGCUACGUCAAUGGUGAUGUGCUUCCACUUCGCCAAUCAAUAUGGCAAUUCGAAAGCGGUCCCGACAAUGCUGCUUGAUACAGCCAUGAGGCCAUAUGGAACUUUCUUCUUCUUUGCGAUGGUCACUCUCAUAGGUCUUGUAUGGAUGUGGUUUUUCCUGCCAGAAACAGCCGGAAAAUCGCUUGAGGCGAUGGACGAAAUGUUCAGUCUGCCCUGGUACAUCAUUGGAAGUAAAGGAGCGGCGAUAACGGCGGGAAGCGGGCAUGCCGAGGCGUACAGGAGUGGAGACGUAGAGAAGAACCCCAUCUCAUCGGAGUGCAGAGAGUUCAUUCCCCGGGUCAAGAAAGAGGAGGGGAACCAGUAG